CGGCUGCGUGAGGCCUGGCUGCCGAGGCGGUGGGCGGGCGAGCAGGUCGUCGGCUCGGGCUCCCGGAGGAGCGAGGGGAGGAGGGAGCUGUCGGUGGCCGCGGCGGAGUGGACGGCGGCCGGGGCCAUGGAGGAGACGCAGCCGCUGUCGCAGCCCGAGCUGCCGCUCUGCGACAGCCUCAUGAUCUGGCUGCAGACAUUCAAGACUGCCUCGCCUUGUCAAGAUGUGAAACAGCUGACUAAUGGAGUUGCCAUGGCCCAAGUUCUUCACCAAAUUGAUGUAGCUUGGUUUAAUGAAUCUUGGUUAAGCCGAAUUAAAGAGGAUGUUGGGGACAACCGAAGAAUAAAGGCUAGUAAUUUAAAGAAGGUCCUUCAAGGAAUUAUGAGUUAUUACCAUGAGUUUUUGGGGCAGCAGAUUUCUGAAGAGCUUAUUCCUGACUUAAAUCAAAUAACUGAACGUUCUGAUUCUGUGGAGCUGGGGAGGCUGCUCCAGCUUAUUUUAGGUUGUGCAGUCAACUGUGAAAAGAAACAAGAACAUAUUCAACAAAUAAUGACACUAGAAGAGUCUGUUCAACAUGUGGUCAUGACUGCUAUUCAAGAGCUGAUGAGUAAAGAAAUAAUGAACUCAUCUACAAAUGAUACUGUUGGAGAAUUAGAGCAACAGCUUAAAAGGGCCCUGGAAGAACUUCAGGAAGCAUUAGCUGAGAAAGAAGAGCUGAGGCAGAGAUGCCAGGAACUGGAUAUGCAGGUGACUGCACUUCAAGAUGAAAAGAAUUCACUGGUGUCUGAGAAUGAAAUGAUGAAUGAAAAACUUGAUCAGUUGGAUGGCUCUUUUGAUGAUCCAAAUACAAUGGUUGCAAAAAAAUAUUUUCAUGCCCAGUUACAACUAGAACAAUUACAGGAAGAAAACUUCAGGCUUGAAGCUGCAAAAGAUGAUUAUCGCAUACAUUGUGAAGAACUUGAAAAGCAGCUAAUUGAAUUUCAGCACAGGAAUGAUGAGUUGACUAGUCUUGCAGAAGAAACAAGAGCUCUGAAAGAUGAAAUAGAUGUUCUUAGAGCUACCUCAGAUAAAGCCAAUAAAUUAGAGUCCACAGUUGAGAUAUAUCGUCAGAAGCUACAAGACCUAAAUGACCUUCGAAAGCAGGUGAAAACUUUACAGGAAACAAAUAUGAUGUACAUGCAUAAUACUGUCAGUUUAGAAGAAGAGUUAAAGAAGGCAAAUGCAGCCCGUACACAGUUGGAAACAUACAAAAGGCAGGUUCAGGAUCUUCAUAACAAACUUUCCUCUGAAUCCAAAAGGGCAGACACAUUGGCAUUUGAAAUGAAGCGACUUGAAGAAAAACAUGAAGCUUUACUUAAAGAAAAAGAAAGACUAAUAGAGCAGCGUGAUACUUUGAAAGAAACCAAUGAAGAGCUUCGAUGUUCACAAAUGCAGCAGGAUCACCUGAAUCAAACAGAUGCAUCUGCUACAAAAAGCUAUGAGAAUCUUGCUGCUGAGAUUAUGCCAGUGGAAUAUAGGGAGGUAUUCAUCCGAUUGCAGCAUGAAAACAAGAUGCUUCGCUUGCAGCAGGAGGGAACUGAGAACGAACGGAUCGAAGAACUCCAGGAGCAGCUGGAGCAGAAGCAUCGCAAGAUGAAUGAGUUGGAAACUGAGCAGAGGCUGAGUAAAGAGCGCAUCCGAGAAUUACAGCAGCAAAUUGAAGACCUCCAGAAGUCUUUACAAGAACAGGGUUCCAAAUCGGAAGGCGAAAGCUCCAGCAAAUUAAAGCAGAAGUUGGAAGCUCAUAUGGAAAAGCUAACAGAGGUCCAUGAAGAAUUACAGAAGAAACAAGAGCUCAUAGAAGAUCUUCAGCCAGACAUAAAUCAAAAUGUACAAAAGAUCAAUGAACUUGAAGCUGCCCUUCAGAAGAAAGAUGAAGAUAUGAAAGCAAUGGAGGAAAGAUAUAAAAUGUACCUGGAGAAAGCCAGAAAUGUAAUCAAAACUUUAGAUCCUAAGUUAAAUCCAGCAUCAGCUGAAAUAAUGCUGCUCAGAAAGCAGUUGGCAGAGAAAGAGAGAAGAAUUGAGAUUCUAGAGAGUGAAUGUAAAGUAGCAAAAUUCCGUGAUUAUGAAGAAAAACUCAUUGUUUCAGCAUGGUAUAAUAAGAGUCUAGCAUUCCAGAAGCUGGGGAUGGAAUCCAGGCUUGUGAGCGGAAGUGGUGCUUGCAAGGACAGCGGGUCAUGUGGCCCUGCACGGUCCUUCUUAGCCCAGCAGCGGCACAUCACCAACACCAGAAGAAACCUCUCUGUUAAAGUUCCUGCUACAACAGCUGAUUAAACUGCAAAAGAAAACUGA